AUGUCAGGCAUACUCCGUGUGUCUCUGUUGCUGCCCCUGGUCGCGGUCCUGCUGUAUAACCAGUCCUCCCAGCUCGGCCGACUCGUUGGGCGCGUGGAAAUCGACAAGACAAGACUCGUACGCUGGGAGAACAGCUCGGCACUCAACAACCACGACUGCCAGGUGAUCAAGGCCGCCAACGCGUGCGAGGACGUCAAGAUCCAUUUCCCGUCGCACACGGCCUUCUUGUCCUGCGGAGAUCCCGUCGAGAGAACCCAUUGGUAUCCAUGCGCAGGCGUGCGCACCGUCUCGCUCCGGGCCGAGUCUUCCUUUCGUGAGCAGCUGUUCAAGCACGAUCUGGAGACCGGCCAGACGACCGAGCUACAGAUCAAAGGCCUGGAAGGUGACUUCAUUACCCACGGUAUUGACAUCUUUCCACUCCCCGAAGAUCCCUCUCGAAUCCACAUCUUUGCAGUCAACCACGCUCGCAGCGGCGACUCGAUUGUCAUAUUCGCGCAUACGCUUGGGUCUGACGAGGUCGAGCUGGUGAAGAAUGUCAAGCAUCCGAAUAUCAAGACAGCCAACGGAGUAGCCGCGACGGGACCAUUGGACUUCUUUGUGACCAACGACCAUUACUUCGCAGGAGGUCCGUUGCGGACAAUGGAGGAGAUGUUCGGGCCCUGGGACUGGGCAACGAAUGUCCAAUACUGCAACGCAGAGGCAGAUGAAAUCCUCUGCAGACAGGUCUCGGGCACCUUCACAGGCGCCAACGGGAUCAACGUGUGGAAAGACCGUCUGUACGUCGGUGACUCGAAGAACGGAACCGUGACUGUGUUCGAGGUGCACGGAGACAAGAGCUUGACAUAUUUGCAGACGGUGGAUCUGGGAGCUGCGGCAGAUAACAUCAACAUCGUUCCGACCACAGGCGACCUGAUCGUGGCGGCUAUCUCUAGACCCGAUGCUGACGACCGCAUCCCUCUCUCCGCCUCAGUUUUCCCCACGCUCGAAAACCUUUCCAAAUACCUCGAAAACGUCAGAUCGCUGGGCAAGGAGUUCCUGGUGCCAGCCGCAGCGUUGCGCCUGCGCCGCGAGUCCAACUACACGCCCGAGCUGAUCUACUUUGACAACGGGGCAACGCUCAGUUUCAUGACGGCCGCACACGUGUACAAGGACCUGUUUGUGGGUGCCAGCGUGCUCCAGUUCGGCGGGUUUGCGGUCUGCAAAGCAACGUCGGCGCUGGAUGUGUAG